ACCGCUACCAAAACUCUCAUGCGCCAUCGGGGCUGAGAGUCUGAGAGAGAGCAGAGAGCGAGAGAGAGCAGAGAGCGAGAGAGAGCAAUGGAGAAGAAAACCAUAGCUAAUGUUGGAGUUAGUGACAUAGUCAAUGCAGGGUUGUCCAUGGAGGAGGCUGUAGAUUUUCAAAAAAUCCUCAAACAAAUCAUAGGUGAAGCAAAAUGCUCAGACUCCAGAGAGGUUUGGCGAAAGGUGGUGGCGAAGAGAAUGCUAUUGCCGUGCCAUCCACAUAAGUUGCACCAAUUGAUCUAUUACUCUGUCUAUGCUCGUUGGGAUGCCUCCAUUAAUGGACCUCCUCUUUAUUGGUUUCCUUCUCUCUCUCAAUCAAAAUAUACAAACUUAGGACGUGUAAUGGAAAUUCAUGGUCCUAAGUACUUAGGCGCUUCAUACAAGGAUCCAAUAACAAGUUUUAGCCUCUUUCAGAAAUACACUGUUCAGCAUCCUGAGGUUUAUUGGUCUCUUAUUCUAAGAGAGCUCUCGAUUGUAUUUCAUGAAGUUCCCAAGUGUAUUCUUGACACCUCCAACAAAUCAAAACAGGGAGGGAAUUGGCUACCAGGUUCAGUUCUAAAUAUUGCCGAAUGCUGUUUGCAUCCUGCAAGUCAUCCUAGAAAGAAUGAUGACAGUGUGGCUAUCGUAUGGAGAGAUGAAAGUGAUAACUCCAAAGUGAAUCAUUUGACAUUAAAAGAACUUCGGGAACAAGUAAUGUUGGUCGCUAAUGCUUUGGAUGCAACAUUUACAAAGGGUGAUGCCAUUGCUAUUGACAUGCCAAUGACAGUCAAUGCUGUUGUAAUAUAUCUAGCCAUUGUAUUAGCAGGAUUUGUUGUUGUAUCUAUAGCUGACAGCUUUGCAGCCAAGGAAAUUGCUGCUCGUUUACGCAUUUCCAACGCUAAGGCUAUCUUUACUCAGGAUUAUAUACUCAGAGGAGGUCGAAAAUUUCCUUUGUACAGCCGUGUAGUAGAGGCUGCUCCACAUAAAGCCAUUGUGCUCCCUGUGAUUGGGAGUGAUGUAGAUGUUCAAUUAAGACAUCAGGACCUAUCAUGGAAAGAUUUUCUCUCUAGUGUCAAUCACUUUCUAAGACCAAAUUAUUAUUCUCCCAUUUGUCAACCAGUAGAUGCUAUCACUAAUAUACUCUUUUCAUCUGGAACCACAGGAGAACCAAAAGCUAUAUUAUGGACCCAACUUUCUCCAAUUCGAUCUGCUAGUGAUGCUUGGGCUCACAUUGAUAUUCAAGUUGGUGAUGUUUACUGCUGGCCCACAAAUUUAGGAUGGGUUAUGGGACCAAUUUUACUUUACUCAUGCUUCCUAAAUGGCGCAACACUUGCUCUCUUUCAUGGGUCUCCUAUUGGCCGUGAGUUUGGAAAAUUUGUUCAGGAUGCUGGAGUUACUAUUUUGGGGACAGUUCCAAGUUUAGUGAAAGCUUGGAAGAGUACCAACUGCAUGGAAGGCUUAGAUUGGACGAAGAUAAAAUCCUUCUGUUCCACUGGAGAAUCUUCCAAUGUUGAUGAUGACCUUUGGCUUUCUUCAAGAGCUUAUUACAAGCCUAUUAUUGAAUGUUGUGGAGGCACAGAACUUGCAUCAUCGUAUAUCCAAGGAUGUCCACUUCAGCCGCAAGCUUUUGGAGCCUUCAGCACUGCGUCAAUGACAACGGGCUUUGUUAUCCUUGACGAAAAUGAAGUUCCUUAUCCUGAUGACCAACCUUGUGUUGGUGAAGUGGGUUUAUUCCCUCUAUACUUUGGUGCAAGUGAAAGGUUGCUGAAUGCUGACCAUUACAAAGUGUACUUCAAGGGAAUGCCAAUGUUCAAGGGAAUGCAACUCAGGAGACACGGAGACAUCCUUAAGAGAACUGUUGGAGGCUAUUUCAUUGUGCAGGGGAGAGCUGAUGACACCAUGAAUCUCGGUGGCAUUAAGACAAGUUCUGUUGAAAUUGAGCGUGUUUGUGAUGGAGCCGAUGAAAGCAUCAUGGAAACUGCUGCAAUUAGUAUAGCACCAAAAGAUGGCGGUCCGGAACUCCUAGUAAUUUUUGUAGUUCUAAAGAAGGGAUACGCUAGUGAACCAGACGAGUUGAAAAUGAAAUUCUCCAAAGCCAUCCAAAGCAAUCUCAAUCCUUUGUUCAAGGUGAGCUUUGUUAAGAUUAUCCCCGAGUUUCCUCGAACUGCUUCUAACAAGUUAUUAAGGAGAGUAUUGAGGGAUCAAAUGAAGCAUGAGCUAUCACUUCAUAGUAAAAUCUAGUGAUUUGAAGAAGUUGUGUAUUUCAUGUAAGAAGACAUCUGAAAUUUUUAUUACAAUCCUUGUGAUGUAAUAAUUCUUUGCUGACUAUGAGCUUUGUUGAUGCCCAUCCAUCAUAACUGGAAUAAAUAGUUUUACCACUUCAAACUUUGGUAAGUUAUCUUUCCCCAACAGGAAUUAAUUACCUUGCCAGCUUUUGUGUUUUAUUAUAAUGAGUGGUGGCAAAGCUAGGAUUUCCUUUGAAGGUGAAUAAAGCCAAAAAAUACCCUUUUUUUUUA